UCUUUCUUCUAAUGUUGGAAGAAUUCUAUAUGGAUUUAUUAUUGAGAGCUUUGCAGUUGUAAAUUCUCAAGCAAACAGGGAUGAUGGGCUCAAAAUUGCAGCGAUUAUGCCACACAUCGCACCAGCACUUGCACAGCUCAACGUGUUAAUUGAAGAGAGUUGUGCAUUUCUCAACAGUGAGGGGAGAUGCUACGACUGUGAAAACAGCACACGGGGGGGAGUGAGGGAGAUGUGGGUGUGUUAGCGUGUGAGAGAGAAAAUAGGGGAAGGGAGGGAGAGAGGAGAGAAAUAAAAACAGCACAAGAAGACAGCAGACAGCACGGAGGAAAAAAUCCCUCUGAGGUUCCACCAUGUUCCUGCAGACUGUCUCCAUCCUCUUCCUCUGGGCUGUCCUCUUCGGCUGCCUGGAAGGGAAGGGUGUGCAAAUGCAGCGAGAUGUUCAGUGCUGCAUGCAGUACUCUCACGGCAAAGUCCGGACCAAAGACGUCCUGAGGUAUGAGAGGCAGACGGAGGGGCCGGAUUGCAGCAUAAGAGCCAUCAUAUUGUACACCAAAAAGGCGGUGAAGUGCGCUGAUCCAAGGGACAGGAAGGUGAAGAGGUUACUACGGAAACUGAACCAGAGGAUGGGAGCCAAAGCCCGCAGGACCAUGUGGCUACAUCCACAUAUGAAUCUACCCGUCAUGUCAGAGGCCGCAGUUGUUAACUCUCAAAAGAUGAACAAGACCAAGUGAAAGUUGAGAGAGGUGAUUCAUGAAACUCCAGCCUUCUUGUGUGUCAACUGUUUUCUUAUAUGUAUAAGAAAAUGAUAUGUAGACUCAUAGCAUUCACUACCAAACACUAUGUUAUCCAGAUAUAUUGUGAUAUUUAGAUGUCUUCUCAAAUGACUGUUAAUCUAUAUGCCAAAGUAUUCUUCUCUGAGACUUCUUAAAGGUUGUUUAUAAUCUCUGCAGCUAUGUAUAGUCUCUAUAACUUAUAUAAACUCUUCUAUAGAGUCCAGUAAGCUGGUAUGACUGUUCUCAACCAAUUUAUAGUGCAAUUACAGAUGAUCUUGUGUAUGUUAAAACACAACUAAUUUUUAUAUAUAAUAAUAAUAAAUGG